AUGUCCGAAUUUACCGUCGAUGAGCCGCUCACUUCAAAUGUGAGACCUGCAACAGAUGCACUUUUGACCAUCAGAAUUAUAAAAUCUUUCCCCUACAGGAACGUCAAAAAUCAUAUUCUUUCUUCAGUCAACCUCAAGGAAACUACGCCCUCGCAGCUCUUGGACCAAGUCAAAACCAUCAUUAUGUCGACCGGCUCUCUCCGGCCUUAUCGUAAUGUGGAUUACGAUACCGUGAAAGUGUACACCCAUGCACAUGGAACCAAAUCGAUGAACUUGGUGAUCAACUUUGGCAACGAUGAAAAGGAUAUUCUUGUUUGCAGAGACGGCGAUAAGGCUGUAGACCAGGAACAGUCGCUUUGGGACUUGGGUGUCGAAAAUGAGACUGAGUUGAGUGUAUUCAAUUACAAAGCAUACCUUGAGUUCCAAGAGAACCCGGAGGAGAAGUGGUGA